UUCUUCUUCUAUUCAUUCUUCCCUAUCAUCUACUUACUACUUACUAAAAAUACUUUUUAUUCUUUUCUUCUUCCCCCCAACAUUUCCUUCUUGUCGGCCAAAUCGAUCAGUCUCCUAUGGCCUAUUAUUUUUUUGUUCUUGAAAUCUUUUAGUCCUCACACAUUACUCAUCCCUUUUAUCUUGCGUAAAAAACUCCCAGAAAAUUAAUGGCGAAAUCCGAUCAGAUUUAGUAAAGAUUUUCUUUCUUUUUUAGUUUCUCUUAAAAGUUUGUUUUUCUCGAUUUUUAACUUUUUAGGGAUGACUAUUGUAUUGAGGGGAGGGGAAUCUGGGAGUAUUGGUAGUGGACAACAACCACUUUCCAAUUCCUCAACACAACGUGCUAACCGUUCUAGCGGCGUUGGUUCUCGUUUUAAUGGAAAUCGUUAUCGUCGAACAGCAAAUUCUACAAUAGCUGGUACUGGAUCUUCUUCUUCCUCUAUUGGUGGCCAUCCAUUAAUUGGAGCAGAUCCACAGAAAAAAGAAAUUAAACAUCGUUUUGAAAUUACAGCAAAAUUAGGCUCGGGGACCUAUGGAAAAGUUAGUUUGGCAUUUGAUCACAAAACAGAAAGAGAAGUUGCUGUAAAACUUAUAAAGAAAAGUGCUAUAGAAAAUAAACAAGAUUUGGUUAGAAUAAGAAGAGAAAUUCGAAUAAUGUCAAUGCUUAAUCAUCCAAAUUUAAUACAAAUAUAUGAAGUUUUUGAAAAUAAAGAUAAGAUAAUUUUGGUAAUGGAAUAUGCAAGUGGAGGAGAACUUUAUGAUUAUGUUAGUAAAAAUGGAAGUCUUUCUGAACAAGAAGCAAGAAGAAUAUUUAGACAAAUAACUUCUGCUGUACUUUAUUGUCAUAAAAACAAAGUUGCCCAUCGAGAUUUAAAAUUAGAAAAUAUUUUACUCGAUUCAAAUAAUAAUGCAAAAAUUGCUGAUUUUGGUCUUUCAAAUUAUUUUGGCCAAAGAAAUAAAUUAUUAUCAACAUUUUGCGGCUCCCCUUUAUAUGCCUCACCAGAAAUAAUUAAUGGGACACCUUAUAAAGGGCCAGAAGUUGAUUGUUGGAGUUUGGGAAUUCUUUUAUAUACUUUAGUUUAUGGUUCAAUGCCUUUUGAUGGAAGAGAUUUUAAUCGAAUGGUAAGACAAAUUAAAAGAGGCGCUUAUUAUGAACCAGAUACUCCUUCAACUGCAUCUAUGUUAAUUCGUAAUAUGUUGCGUGUAAACCCUGAUAGAAGAGCAACAAUUUAUGAUAUUUCUGGACAUUGGUGGUUAAAUUUAGAAGAGAAUAUGCCCGUUAUACAAGAAUUGCCUGAAAAUCAAAUAACAGACCCAACCCCUUUAACUGAAAGGGCCGAAAUAAUGGUUGUACAAGAAUUGGCAGACGAGACAGACGUUUUUAUGGAAUUCGGACAUUUAAGUCAAACAACGAGAAAAAAGAUUGAAGAAUUUAGAAGAAGGAGGAAGGAAGCUGAGGAAUAUAAUGAAAAUUCUCCAAUAAAACCCCCAAAAACUCGAAAAGAAGAUGAAGAAGAUAAAUUAAAAUUAACUUUGGAAGAAAAAAGUUUAAGAGAAAUAAAAAAAGAAGAACCAAAAAAUAAAGAAAUAAAUGAAGAAGAAAUUACGAAAUUAAAUAAUAAUAAAAAUAAUAUUUUUUCUGAUCCAUUAGAAAGACUUAAAAAAUUAGAAAAUAGAUUGGGAGGAGGAGGAGGGAAUAAAAAAGAAGCAAGUCCAAAAUUGGAAGAAAAUAAAAAAUUGAAAAAAGAAGAAGAAAAGGAAGAGGAUUUAAUUAAAAAUAAUAAAAGAAAAUUAAGUACAAAAAUAAAUUUAAAAAGAAAAGAUUCCGUUAAUGAAAAUGUGAAAACACGAAAAGAAGAUAAACAACAAAAAACAUCAACAACUUCAAAAUUAAAUGAAGAUCCAACAAAAUAUUGGCGUUUAGAAACUGACAGUCUAAAUGCUUUAAUGAAUCAAGUAUUAGAACAAAUGGAGAAAGGCCCAGUUUCCCUUAAUUUAAUUGCAAAUAUCCGUGCCCAUCCAUUUUAUGAUGAAAGGCCGGAAGUUAAAGAAUUAUUGGAAACAAUAAUUGCUGCCCAACCAGUCGAGAUACAAAGAAAAGCUUCAAAAAUAACAAAACAAAAAUCGAAAGAUGUUGAAAAUAAUUUGGAAGAAAAUUCUUCGAAAGAAAUUAAAAAAGUUGGAAGUUUAAAGAAAAAUAAUAAAAUAAUUAAAGAAAAUGAGGAAGAAGAAGAAAUUGAAGUAAAAACUGUUGAAGAAAAAAGAAAAUCUUUUGGUAAAAGAAGAAGGGGUCCAGCAGAAGAAAGACGUUGGCAUAGUGUUGAGGUUGGAUUCUCUACUGAUUCAUCUACAGAAGAGAUUAGUCAACAACAAAAUGAUAAUUCUACUCCAACCACUCCAAAAGCAACAAUACCCCCUCUCCCUCCUCCACAAAUGUCAGCACCUAAAUUUGUCGGAACUGCCAGAAUUUCCCGUUCUGAGCCUUUGGGAGGUAUUGAUGAUGAGGAAUAUUUAGAAGAUGAAGAUGAAUUUUAUGAUGCUGCUGAAGAGGAAGAAGAUGAAUUUGAAGGGGAAAUAGAUGAAUUGGCAGAAGAAGUUGAACAGAUUAUUGGAGAGGAAAUUAAAGGAGAAAUAAAUAAAAAAGAAAAUAAAACAAAAAUAAAUGAGAAUAAAAAGGUUGUUGGGGUAGUAGCUACAGUUAAACCAAAUAUUCCUCCAAAAAUUGUUGAAAAAUCAGUUAUGCCAGAACCUGGACCUUCAACUUCAAAAACUACAGAUUCUUUAGAAAGAGGAUUGGCUAAAAGAGUUGUAAAGUAA